GGCGUGUGACGUCAGUUCCGAGGGGGGGAAGAUGGCGGCGGCGAGAUGGGACCUGGGCCCGAUCCGGGAACCGCUGGGACUGAGCCGAGGACUGCAGGGGUUUUUCUCCAUCUUCUCCUUCGCCACCCUCGGCGGGUUCCAAGGCUCCGUCCGCAUCCAGCUCAGCUGCGGCAGCCACAACACGUCCGUCGCUGCCCCCCUCGGGUACCCCUUCCGCCUACACGAAUCCACCUUCUCCCCCUCCCUCCGUGAGCUGUGUAACGGGACCUGGCCCCACAACAUCCACCUGCUCGGGGACUUCUCGUCCUCGGCACAGUUCAUGGUGACUGUCGGUGCCGGAGCCUUCGUCUACAGCCUCAUGGCGCUGCUGGUGCUGCUGCGGUGGCUGCCGCGGUACCGCGGGGCUGGGAGCCGCAUGCCUAUGGUGGAUUUCCUGGCCACUGCUGCCUUCUCCUUCCUAUGGCUCGUGGCCUCCUCGGCAUGGGCCAAGGCCCUGACGGACAUCAAGGUGUCAGUGGGGGCUCCCCUGCCCCAUUGCCACCCCCCGGCUGUCAUCUGCACCCCACAGACCACCCCUAUGGGUGCCCUCAACGUCUCCGUGGUCUUCGGCUUCCUCAACCUCAUCCUGUGGCUGGGCAGCUGCUGGUUUGUCUUCAAGGAGACCCAUUGGCACCGCCCCCCGGCUCCCAGUGCUCCCAGUGCUCCCAGUGCCAUGUAACCAGUACCAGCACUGGGCCAAUGGGGGGCCCAUUGGAGCUGGGGGGGGAAGGAGCCUCCCAAUGGGAGGACAUGGAAGCAGGGGAGGUGAGGACGUGGGUUAUGGGUCCCACCACAUCUAAUAGGGCUUCUCUGAGCCCUUGCUUGGGAUUGGUGCAGGGGGAGCUGCGGCCUCAUCCCAUUGGUUGGGAUGGGGGGAGGAGGAAGGGGAUUGGCCAAUCAGGUGGGGAGGUGGAGGUGGCCAUCCGGCCAUCUUGGUCCCCCACCAUCACACUCCUCCUCCCCUUCCUCACCCCCUGUUUGAGGUGGUCACCCCCAAUCACCCCCUUGGUGUCCCCAUGUCCCCCCUCAAUAAAGACCUCAAUGGAGGAGCCCAUCCGGAUGCAUCUCGGGGGGUGCUGGGAUGGGGACCAUGGA